AUGAAUUCCGUGUUGUCAACGUCUCCGUUCGCAAACUUUGAGGAUCCGACGCGCAAUGGAACUUUACACGCCGAAGCACGUCUCCUUCAACAACUUUCGAAGACAAAUGGAUGUCUCGCGAGAAACCAGAAGUUUCCGAGAAACGAAGCGUUGCUUCAGAAUCUGCAGAAUCUUCCUCCGGAAGAGGAGUACGAGAUAACUCUUACGGUAACAUCGAGCAGCGUAUCUCGUCUACAAGGAAAAACUGUGCAAUCAGGCACCACCGUCGCUAAAGUGCAUUCCAAAACGACAUUGAAGAAGAAGGAACCAAAAAACAGUAGGUUUCCACUGAUAUCCAUUUCCCGCCAAAAAGAUAGUGCGCAUGGCAGUGAUUAUAUCGACUCUCAGAAGCAUGCAACAUCGUCUCGUGACUUUCCAAGUCGAAAAAACGAAGUUUCCAAAGAAAACUACGACCGCAAAACGGUGGCUCCCAAUUCCUUGGAUUUCAAGGUCCUCGAAAGGAACUCUCGUUCUUCCAAGAAGCAGGAAACCCAAUUGUCUUCAAACAACACACGAAAUGCAGAAGACAGAACCAUUGGAACUGCUCUCUUCAGUUGUCCGUUCGAGUUAAUAGAGAUCUAUCCCGGAAACAAGGAUCAAUCUUCAAGUUUCAAUAGACGAUCCUCCGAAGUGAGUCGAGAAGGAAGCUCGAUGAGAUCCUUCCCGAAGGAGGACGACGAAACCUCGAAAUCCUCGGUCUUGGAGGAAGAUAUUUAUCUCUUCUCCAAGGCGAGAUCGAAGAAAACAGAAGAAGUAUGCCAAAUCGACGAGAAUAAAGUAAAAUGUACGCGGAGAAACGAGAAAGAUUGCGUGGAAAGCUUUUACGAGUCUACUUCCGGUGUCUUGCAAAAUGGAGACUCCUCAGGCCAACCGACUCGGGAUCGAGGGAAGAUCGAUCGAAGUUCCAAGCAAUUGGAGACCAACAAGAAUGUAAAUUCUGUAAGAUCAGGUUUGAAGAGAAAGGAGGAAGAAAAAAUGGCGAACGACGUUUCGAAGAAGACACUGGAGGAUCCAAGGACGAUCGAGGAUGAAAACCAAAGCGUCGUUUCGAGUUCCUCGCGCGAAUCAAACGUGUUUAAUAGCGACACUCAUUAUGAGAACUCUGUAAGUUCGAGCGGAAGCGGGAUUUCGAAAUUGAUGAUCGACUCUGAUCGAUCCAGCACUUACGAGCGUUCAGAAAGCGAUGUAUCAUCGAUGGAGAAUACAGUAAUCGAUCUGAGAGAAAAGAAAUCUAAUUCUGAGAGAAAGAACGUAAAUACGGACGAAAAUAAUACGAAGAUAAUUAUCGAUAAACGAGAAAUUGAGAAAAAUGGUAUCGUUGAUUCGAAUAAAAUUGGUUCGUGCAACGAGGAUAGUCGAAUAUCGGAAAUAACGAAGGAUCGAGGCUUUGAAAAGGGAUCAAGAUUCGCGAUGAAAGAUUCUGGGGAUAGAAAUCGACUGAAUGUUAACGGCGAUGUAAAAAUAUGUAAACUUUUGAUGGAAAUACACGAGCAUCUGUCCAGCGAUUGGCAGAGAAUGGAGUGCAUCAGGGCGAAGCAAGAUGGCGGCGUUUCAGUCGACUCUCUUUGCUCGAAAAUGACGCUACAACUUCUAAAUAGCACCAUCGAGAGGUGCAAGAGUUACAUUUACGGUUCAAGCAAUAGCCACAAAGCUGAAUUAAAGAUUACCAAACUGUUUUCGAAACACGUUAUUCAGCUAGUGAAUGCAGUGAACCAGAAUAAAUUAAUAAUCGAAGAACACGAACGCCAGUUAAAUAGCAUGCAGUCUAAAGAAAUUGUCAGAGAACAGGGUGGAAAUAAAAAAAGGGGAAUUUUGAACGAAGAUUCGUUUUGGGAUCGCUGGACAUGUGAAAUAAGUUGCGCGAUCGGAUCCAUCUUCAAACUGAUCAAAUGUGUGAUGACUAUGAACGAAGAAAAGGAGAAUGUUCAAAAUCAGCAACAAUGUAAAUUGAGAAAUUGUCGUGGAACGAAUGCAUCGUCAGCUAACGAUAAAAAACAGAAGUGUGGAGUCGUUCGAUCCAAAAUGGCGGAUCUAAAUCCUACAAAGAAGAAGAGUUCUAUUGAAACACAGAUGACUGUCGCUUUCAAUUCGAAUAAUCCGUUGAAGCAAUCGAAAUCCAAAGCAUCCGUGAGACUCGUAUCCCCCAGGAAUCUUGAGAAAGAGAAAUUCAUGGAGGCUACGCAAAACAGAGUUGAGAAGAAAGUGAGCGACAAUGGCCGCCACACUGAGAAGAAAAGAGUCGCGAAGAAGACGACAUUGAGCGCGAAUUUCAGUCAAUCGAAGCAGAUGGCGCCACGACAAAAGCAUCGAGUUUCUGGUAAUCCACAACCGGUUUGGAGACCUGGUGGAUCGGUGAAACUUCCGUCUUCGAGCAGCGCUACAACGUUGACGCAAAAAUAUCGCCCAUUCGCCAAGGAAAAAGGCAAUCAACCGGUGGAAAACACGAAAGAGGCGAAACAGAGUAGAGCUAUAAGCGAGUUUAAGAAAAAGGUUUCCCAGGAAACGUAUUCCAAGGACGUGUUUCCUACGCUGGAAACUGACGCCUGCAAGAUCUCAAGAAAAAGAAGCAACGCGAGCUUGAGGGCUAGUCCACGUCUCAAGCCAAGACCAGGAACUUUGGGAGUUGCAACGCAAGGCUACAGUGAACCUCUGCGGAAUUCUGAGUCUGUUUGCUCGAAGAACUCUGAGAAGACAUCAUCUUGGGAGAAGAUAGCUAGACAGAAGACUCAGAAGGAAUCUAGGGUUCUUAGAGUAUUGGAAGAAAUUAUAAAAUCCACACCGAUAGAGAAAAGGGGGAGCAAGAAGAUUAAAAACGUAGUUGACUGUUAUCGUGUUCAGGUUGAAACGAAUUCUCCUCAACUGGAGCAAACGAUCAAAGAAGAAACGAAGAUUCAGGAAGAAGAACCCACGAGGGACGUAGACUCGAGUCGACCUGAAAAUCAUCGAUCAAUGGGGAAGCUUCUAGAGCAACCAUUAACAUAUGAUGUUACUCCGUUGUUUACUAAUGUUAAAGAAAACACCACAGAUGAGGAAGUGAGCGUAAAGAUUGAAAAUUCUCAACAGAAUGCAGAUUCGAGCUUCGUCUCUGUGGUCAGUGCAAGCUGCAUGGCGGAUUUCAGCUCGAGCUCCGAUUGCGUAGCCAAAAUCGAGUCCUCCAAGUGCUGUCAGACAUCCUUGAACUCUGGCUCUUCCUCGUGUACCUCGAAUCCGGAACAGAGGGACGAAAGGUCCAGAAAACGUAGCAAUCUACGCGUGUCUUUUGUUAAUUGCAUCGAGGAUCGACAACGAUGCAAUGGAGAAAGCUGUAGGAACUCGAUAGUGGUCAGAGAAGAGAAGAAUUUAUCAGUCGUAGGAGAAGAAAUGUCUGAAAAUUCAACACUCUUUAAAGAAAAGAAGGAUUCAUCAAUUGUAAAAGUAGAAAAUUUAAAAGAUUCAAUCCGGGAAGAAAUAUGUAAUCCACUUGUUAAUGAAGAAAUAUUGAAGAGUCUAUCAACUUCCAAAGAAGAAAAGUCCAGCAAUCCAUCAAUAGUAAAACUAGAAAAUAUAAAAGAUCCAAUCUGUAAAGAAGUAUGUAAGAAUCCACCUGUUGGUGAAGAAAUGUUGAAGAGUCUACCAACUUCCAAAGAAGAAAAGUCUGAAGAUGUAUUAGUUACAAGAAAAGAGAAGUCUAGCAAUCCAUCAAUUGUAAAAGUAGAAAAUUUAAAAAAUGCAACAAUUAGAGAAGAGAAACCCAGAAACCCAUUAUCUCUAAAAGUAGAGAAGUCAAUAACGAAUCCUCACACGACGUCAUUGACAAUGUUGAAAGAGUUUCUUUACAACCAAGGUGUCGAUAUCGACCUGGUGAACAAAGCUGAACAAUGUUUGAAAGAUAAACAGAGAAUACGCAGACGUUUGAAGCAGAUAUCUGCUAGCUCUGUCGACGUUUCAUCCAGCGUUCAUGGUAGCAAAGGCAAAUUGAGAAGAGUGGUGGAAAGCAACGAAGACGAUGUUAAUCAUGCAGACAAAUUAAGACACGUUGCAACUAGUACAGAGAAGAAUAGCAAAGAUGCUUUCUCACAUACUGGUUUCCAGUGCACAACGAAAAGCUUGCAAACUAUACCUGAGGAGAACACUUUUGCAUCGACCAAACGACAGAAUAUAGGAACACAGACGGAAAUCGCUACGGUGAAACACGUGGCUAGCGAGUGUCGCGAGAAGAUGACCCAAAAAACAGAAAACUUGAUGAAAAACACCAGAAACGUCUCUACGAUGACUGACUCGUUUCCAAUCAGCGAUAAUUUCACGGAAACUGUACGCGUUUCCUGUGUUUCGAAAUCGGUAGCCACCGAACGCGUCGAUUUUUCUACGAGCUCAGAGAAAUGUAAUGAUUCGUUAGAAAAAUCGACUCGUAAGGAUGAUCGAGGUUCGCUGAACAAGUGUCGUCACGAGUUGUGUCAGUUGUUGAGUCAGACGCAGCGUGACGAACAAAAUGAGUCGUCAUCCAGCUCUUUGGAUCUGUCUUUCGAGUACUUGGAAGAAAUCGAAUCGAACAAGCUCGCUGAAGUUAUUUCCAGCGAAACAAUGGCGGCUCUUCGGGUCGCUGAGAUCCAAGCACGCAACGUGUACAGAGCAAUUGAUAUAUAUAAACGUCAUUUGAAGGUCAGGUCGAACGAACUUGAAGAUCAGACGGAAGAGACGACUAAUAAAGACUUCGAAAGUUGCAAAGAAAUAUUGGAAUGCUUGUACAAGAGCAACGAUUUUGAUAUUGUCGUAACGAGAAGCUACGAUCGUUUGGGCAGUGACGAAGAUCGCGAGGCAUCCGAAGCGUCCAUCGAUCGUGAGAAUAAAUCCGAGCGCGUAAUUUCUAAAUUUGUUUCGACGUCGAACGUUCCAUUUGACGAAGAUAUAUUUGGCGAGAUCGAUUCAGAAAUUCCCAGGAAGUCGUCCAGUAGCGUUGUAUUAAAGGACACGAGAUCUUUAGUAGAAUUCUUGGUCCACGAAACGGAAAACGCGACGAUCGAGCAGAUACGUUGCACCCAGAAAAUCUCUAACAGUAAAAACCUGAGGUUUCGCAAGAAAAUCUCGAAAACUAACAAUGGAAAACUGCGUAAUCGGUUUUUACUGUUCUCGAGGGAAAACGUGUUGCCUCUUGUCUAUGGUGUCGUGUGCUCCAUUGUGUUUUGGUGCUUGCAAUUCACGAUCACCUGCGACAUCGUCGCGUGA